CCUGAUUCAGUUUUUAGCGCAGCGAGAGGCCGAGAAAGAGUAGGUUACUUGAGUUAGAGAUUUUCAGUGACUACGAUAAAUGGAAGCUUCACGGAGAAGAGGCGGCGGCGGAAUGGUGCGUAUAUCACCGUUACAAACAACUCGGUCCAGCGAUAGGGCGGUGAGAAAUCCGCGAUUGGGGGAGGGGAAUUUCCGCGGAAAGCACGAUAAAGAUGGAGGCGUCAAUGUGCAGGUCAUUGUGCGGUGCAGGCCUUUGAGUGAGGAUGAUGAGGUUAGAUUGCAUGCACCUGCGGUGAUUUCUUGCAAUGACAGCAGAAGAGAAGUUUGCACGGUUCAGAGUGUUGCAAAUAAGCAAAUUGAUAGGACUUUCCUAUUUGACAAGACUAGAGAGAGUUGAAGACAG